CCGUUUCCAGGGUCAGGCCCAGGACUCGUACCUGACCCAGCUGGGGUCCCCAUCGGUUCUGGAGGAUGAGGUUCCUACGCAGACGCCACAUGCCCCUGCGCCUGGCCAUGGUGGGCAGCGCGUUUGUGCUCUUCCUCUUCAUCCUGCAGAGGGAUGUAAGCAGCUGGGAGCAGGCCACAGAGAAGCCAUGGCUGAAGUCCCUUGUGAGCCAGAAAGAUCACGUCCUGGACCUUAUGAUGGAGGCUGUGAACAACCUCAGAGAUUCAGUGCCCAAGCUCCAGAUCAGGGCUCCAGAACCGCAGCAGACUGUGGUCUCCACAAACCAGUCCUGCCUCCCUGGAUUCUAUACCCUAGCUGAACUGAAGCCCUUCUGGGAACGGCCACCACAGGACCCUAACAGCCCCGGGGCAGAUGGGAAAGCAUUUCAGAAGAGCACAUGGAGCCCUCUGGAGACCCAAGAAAAGGAAGAGGGCUAUAAGAAACACUGCUUCAAUGCCUUUGCCAGUGACCGGAUCUCCCUGCAGAGGGCCCUGGGGCCAGACACCCGACCCCCUGAGUGUGUCAACCAGAAGUUCCGGCGCUGCCCCCCACUGCCCACCACCAGCGUCAUCAUUGUGUUUCACAAUGAGGCCUGGUCCACGCUGCUGCGAACAGUGUACAGUGUCCUCCACACCACCCCUGCCAUCGUGCUGAGGGAGAUCAUACUGGUGGAUGAUGCCAGCACUGACGAGUACUUGAAGGAGAAGCUGGAGCAGUACGUGACACAGCUGCAGGUCGUGAGGGUGGUGCGGCAGGAGGAGCGGAAGGGGCUGAUCACCGCCCGGCUGCUGGGGGCCAGCGUGGCACAGGCAGAGGUGCUCACGUUCCUGGAUGCUCACUGCGAGUGCUUCCACGGCUGGCUGGAGCCCCUCUUAGCUCGAAUUGCUGAGGACAAAACAGUGGUGGUGAGCCCGGACAUUGUCACCAUCGACCUUAACACUUUCGAGUUCUCCAAGCCUGUCGAGAGGGGCAAAGUCCAUAGCCGUGGCAACUUUGACUGGAGCCUGACCUUCGGCUGGGAGACUCUACCUCCACGGGAGAAGCAGAGGCGCAAGGAUGAGACCUACCCCAUCAAAUCCCCGACGUUUGCUGGUGGCCUCUUCUCCAUCUCCAAGUCCUACUUUGAGCACAUCGGUACCUAUGAUAAUCAGAUGGAGAUCUGGGGAGGGGAGAACGUGGAAAUGUCCUUCCGGGUAUGGCAGUGUGGGGGCCAGCUGGAGAUUAUCCCCUGCUCUGUGGUAGGCCACGUGUUCCGUACCAAGAGCCCCCACACCUUUCCCAAAGGCGUCAGUGUCAUUGCUCGCAACCAAGUGCGCCUGGCUGAAGUCUGGAUGGACAACUACAAGAGCAUUUUCUAUAGGAGAAAUCUGCAGGCAGCAAAGAUGGCCCAAGAGAAAUCCUUUGGUGACAUUUCGGAACGACUGAAGCUGAGGGAACAACUACACUGUCACAACUUUUCCUGGUUCCUGCACAACAUCUACCCAGAGAUGUUUGUUCCUGACCUGAAGCCCACUUUCUACGGAGCUAUCAAGAACCUUGGCAUCAAUCAGUGCCUGGAUGUGGGUGAGAACAACCGUGGGGGGAAGCCCCUCAUCAUGUACUCCUGCCAUGGCCUUGGUGGCAACCAGUACUUUGAGUACACAACCCAGAGGGACCUUCGCCACAACAUAGCAAAGCAGCUGUGUCUACAUGCCAGUGCUGGCACUCUGGGCCUUAGGAGCUGUCACUUCACUGGCAAAAAUAGCCAGGUCCCCAAGGACGAGGAAUGGGAAUUGACCCAGGAUCAGCUCAUCAGGAACUCAGGAUCUGGCACCUGCCUGACAUCCCAGGACCAAAAGCCAGCCAUGGCCCCCUGCAAUUCCAGUGACCCCCACCAGCUCUGGCUCUUUGUCUAGACACUGGAUCAUCCCCAGUACAUGCCCCCACAAGCCUCUCUGGAAACAGGAUUUCUGAUGUCUGGGAACCUGAUUACCAGCUUCUUUGUAGGCCCUAAAGAUGGAUUUCUAAACCCAAUGGAUGUCAAGACAGGGUCUUCCUACUCCUUGUGCCAACAUUGGGCCCAUUUUCUUUUCUCUACACUGAUGGAAGAGACCAUUAGGGCACAUGAUACUUGGCCCAAGGCCUUCCUUUCAUCCUAGAAACAGAGGCCUCCAAAGCAGAGAGGGCAGCUGGGGAAGGACCCAGGGCAGCAAAACUGAACUCCAGAAAAGUAGCUCUGCAGCCACAUCCUGCAUCCCUGGUCACCAAAAGCACCUGCAGAGUCCAGUGACAUCACAUAUCCUAACAGAGGGAUUAGAGGUCUAAGUUAAUAUUACCAAAGUUUGUAGAGCCAUUUACAGUUUACAGAAAGCACCCGGACACAUGUUCUUUAUUUUACUUCAGUUGUACAAUACUGUGAGGACAGGAAAGGAGUCACCACAUCUAUUUUACAGAUAAGAGAGUUGAGGCAGAGAAAAGUAAAGGAGCUCGUCUAUAGUCCCACAGCUAGUGGAUGGCUAGAGCUGAGACCAAAUCUUCAUCUGCAAUGCUGAACCAGAGCUCCCUCCACCACACCACAAGAACACUAGACAACUAGUCACCAGCCUUCCCAUUUCUUCCUUCCUCCAUUCUGAUCAUUUCUAGCUUGUUGGACUCCAUAAAACCUGGAACAAUGAAGCCAAGUAGCCACAUGGGAGGAGACACCAUUUGGGAAUCAUGAGAUGUUAGUGUUGAAAGAAAGCUCAUGGAACCAAUGAUUCUCAAGUUUAAGUCCCAGAACCCUUUUUUAAGCCCUAUAUAUAAGGUAGAUAAAAAGCAAAAUAGCAUGGGUGAAAUGGAGAGAUGGGAGGGCAGUGACCUCCAGCCCCUGAACUUCUAAAGGUCACAAUUGGAAAACAGUUGUUUCAGUCCAACCCUAUCACUUUCUUAUCAUGAAACCAAGGCCGGAUUUGCCACAAAAAUGCAUCUGUCCAAGGUUACCCAGCAAGGUGUUGGCAGCCCUGAGGCUACGACCUAGAGAAGGCUAACGAGUCCUGGGAAGUCUGAGGAAGCCGGGACGAUGUGCACAACUGAAGGGCUGAUCCCAUUUGCUAUACCUGCAUGAAGUCCCUGUGUGGAGCAUACCUGAUGUGCGUACCAGCUCCUCUCCAAGCAAGGUGGACCCCACCACACAUGGCUGCUUUGCCUGAAGUAGAGAGGCCGGGCCUAAAAUUCUGUCCAGGCAGGCUUCUUCUGACAUUCAAUACCAGGCUGUGACCACAUGAGGGUGCCAUAGGACCACAGCUGCCAUCUGUUCACAAGCAACUUAGCACUGCAGUAGGCCGCCUAGGUCCCGAGGGCCUUCAGGACCUUAUACAGGAGACAUUCUGGGGGUAGACCAGCCAAAAAGAAAGGAGAGAGUGGCCAGGGUAGAAUCUGGAGCAGGAAAGGGAAAUGUUCUUUCCUGGAAAGAGAAGAGAAUUGGACAUAGGGUCCCAGUGGAAAUAAAUGUUUUCUGGCAUUGAUAAAGGAAGCUUGUGUUGGGUUCCUCUUCCCCUACGUUAUUCUUUGGCUGAAUCCAUUGUUCAGGCUGUGAAGAA